AUGACAACGAUGGCAGGUCCACGGAAGAUUAUUUCUAUUUAUGAUUACCCGGAACACCUAAAUCCGUUCCGAGAAGAAGACAACCACAACAAGAUUAGGUUCUGGACUAUCGGGCGUAAACUCAGUCGUUCCAACAGUAUCACUUUUAAGGACCUCAAGAACUCAUGGUCCUUAAGAUCGUUCAUGAGGAAAGGAAAGAAAGAAAAAGCGGAUAGCAAAACAAAUAAUCAACCUAAUGGAGACAGUAGUCCUAUAAUAUACAGGCGGGCCCUUCAAUAUUCGACAGCGGCUGGUGCACGCAGCACUGUGAGCUCACCGGAGCGUGCAGACCGCUACAUGUACGGUGGUUCGGUCACACCUUUGCCGCGCUCGCGAUUUCAAGAGCGGUUACGGAGCCCUAGUCAAUAUGAAGUCAGUUCUAUUAGUACUACACCUCGCAUGGCACGUAGCGACAUAACCGGGUCGCGACUAAGCGUGGAGAGCACCAACCCCUUCGACGAAGCGCCAGUUCCUCCAGUCCGUGCUUCUCGACGUAAGAAAAAGCGAGCACCGCUGCCUCCACCAGACACCACUGUAUCAGCUGAUAUUACGGUGAAAGAGCAAAUAGAAUUAAGAACAACUGAAACGAAGGAUCAGCAAGAACCUAAUAAAAUUGUGGACGAUGAAAUAGAGGACGUAAAUUUGAAUAUUGAGCUAAAAAUAAUCGAGGAUGAAGAUGUCAAAAAUAAAAGUUCUCUGACAACUAGUGUUACGAACCAAGAUAUUUCUACAGAAGAAAAAAAUAUAGUUUCUUCAGACGAUACUGAAGAUAUAGAAAAGAAAGUCAGCGCAGAGCUAGAAGAUAAUAAUGUUAAAGGUGAACGAACAUCCGAAGUAAAAAGUGCCGAUUCUGAAGAUGAUAUAUUAAACAUGGUGAAUUUUCCUAAAGUAGAUAUAACUAAAUACAGAAGAAAUUCCAGCGUAAAUGAUGACGAUAUCAGGUUACGACGGGGUAAUUUGGAAGAUUUUCAUUCCCUCUCAAACAAAAGAAGCAAAAGUUUAACUAAUGCUCUCGAUGGAUCGUAUGUAUCUUACGAUAUAAAUUUAAAUGAAGACAAAGCGAAAAUUGACAUGAACAGUAAUGAGGAACCCCAGAAAGUAGUGUGUAAGCUUUAUGACGAUCCAAGAAAAAAGAGUGUCGAUCAUUCUCUUUCAAGUACAGAAAAUGAAUUCAUGGAAAUUGAUAAAGCAACAAGAGAACUUGAAAGAGAAAUUAGCAAACUGAACUCGGCUUUAAUCGAAGAUGAUAUAACAACACAAGGCGAACGGUUGUCAGUUUCCGACAUCCGACAUAAAUUUGAUAAACCAGAUGUUUCAUCACCAAAUCCCAUACCAAAGCCACGUAGAAGUCAUUACGGGGAUUCUAAUUCACAUGUUAACGGUAAUCUUAAAACUUAA